AUGACGACGUACUACCAUUAUGACUCUGACGGUACCGUCACUGCAUCGAAGUUGCAUCCCAAGGCUACGAUCUUUACGCCUGGUCACCUAGAUGCGGAAGCGUAUGAGCGGAAUGGAGACGUCGUUGGAGCCUAUCUUGCACGUCGUGACAAAGGCUACCCCGCACAUAGCAUCGCAGAAGCACAGCAGAGUUGCAGUCCUACUCUUUACCCGCUAGUAAAACCUUUCAACGGCAGUAUAGACGGGCAAAUGGCCAACCAAAGCUACCGGCCCAGCGAUGGAGAUGAAUUGUCAGGGUAUAAUACCUCUCCAGUCGAGGCGUUCAGUACACUUGGCUGGGUAGGUUGGGCGGCGUAUUCAGGUAUGGAGCGCCCGUAUCCGAAUCCUGAGGACAUACGCCACCUACACACCCUGCAAAGUCUGCUGCCUUAUCUCCAGCCUGAGCGGAAAAUGAACGCGCUCAACGGACCGGUAUUGGACAUCGUAGAACAAGAUACAGGAGUCACGCUCGCUUAUCAGGUGCCAAAGAAGAUGCUUGUGCUGUUCCUGGGUCGUAAGGUGGUCAACAAGUUCAUCCGCACAACACACCGCGAGGACGACGUGAAUUGGAAGGGCGCGCCAGUAUGUCAAGAGAUGGAUUUACCUCGGGGAGUAGCUAGCAAGGCCGCUAUGAAAGCCCUCAUAGCGUGGAUGCUGCGAGCUUGCAACUACCAGACGAUGAGCUCGAUGAAGCAGAUCCGCGUCCCAAAGAACACGUUUGUCGCAUGCUCGUUGGCUCGCACGAUGGAGCUCUUCGAUCUCCACAAAGAUGCAUUAAGGGUAGAUCAUUACAUCGCCGAGUGCCAUCUCGCUCGACCAAUCUUUGCUGUAGAGUUGGAGACGCUCUGGAACUGCCUCGGCAAGAAUAGCCGGUACACCUACGCAGCGAUCAAGGCGGUGGGUCAACGACUCCGCGAAUUCGAGGCCGAUAGCGAAGGUCGGGAGGUACCAGGAAUUGAUGAAGAUAUGAUGGCUUUGCUGAAGGAGUAUCCGAAUCUCGGAGCACGCGUACGCGAUCCGGAGGUGAAUGAACAACACCGCCCAGUAUUUGACACCAACUGGAUCAAACGGAUGAGCGAUAAGAACGAACAUAACCAGGAGGGAAGUGGAAAGAAGUUGAAGAAGAAGUCCUUCAACCCAGCUGCAAGGCACUUACAGGAACACCAGCCAAUAGCAGAGCCGGCUGUGAAGCCACAGCUACCGGAUGGUCCAGAAAGCAUGGUACGCAAGUUCGCAGUCUUGCGAAUCGUGGCAGAAGAUAAAAAAGCAGCUACCGGCGACGCGCAUAGCAGCGUCGAGCCAAAUGGAAGUAUCAAGAAGCCCUGA